AUGGCGUCUGGACGAAAAGAUUUCCUCAGUCAACCCGCCCCCGAGAAUUACGUUGCUGGUCUAGGUCGAGGAGCGACCGGCUUCACCACCCGCUCAGAUCUAGGUCCUGCUCGAGAGGGUCCAACGCCGGAGCAGAUCCAAGCUGCGCUUGCGAAAAGAGCACAGUUACUUGGAGCAGCACCUCCCACGGCUUAUGGGGCUACAAGAGAAAAGGGUAAAGGAGAGGAAAAGCCGGCCGAGGAAGAAGAUGAUGAACGGUUCCAGGACCCCGACAAUGAAGUUGGGCUCUUUGCCUACGGCCAGUUUGAUCAAGAAGAUGAUGAGGCGGAUCGCAUCUACAGAGAGGUAGAUGAGAAGAUGGAUAGACGGCGCAAAGCACGAAGGGAAGCUCGAGAGCGUCAGGAGCGGGAAGAGUAUGAACGGAAGAAUCCCAAAAUUCAACAGCAAUUCGUCGAUUUGAAGCGGUCUCUUGCGUCGGUCUCGGAAGACGAAUGGGCAAACCUCCCCGAAGUCGGUGACCUUACGGGUAGGAAUAGACGAACGAAGCAGAACUUACGUAUGCAACAACGUUUUUACGCGGUCCCCGAUAGUGUGCUCGCGAGUGCAAGAGAUUCAUCUCAGUUCGAUACAACCGUUGCGGACGAUGGAACAGCAACAGAUGCUGGUGCUAACGGGGCGGACGGAAUGAUAACGAACUUUGCCAACAUUAGUGCUGCUCGUGACAAAGUAUUACAGGUUAAGCUUGAUCAGGCGGCAAUGGGGUCCUCUGGGGACGCGGCAUCUGGAAGUGCGACUAGCAUCGAUCCAAAGGGCUACCUCACAAGUCUUACGCAAUCAGAGCUGAAGGCAGGUGAAAUCGAAGUGGGAGACGUCAAACGUGUGCGCGUCUUGCUGGAAUCUGUAACAAGGACGAAUCCCAAGCAUGCUCCGGGGUGGAUUGCGCUGGCGCGCCUGGAAGAGCUGGCGGGCAGGAUAGUCACCGCUCGGAAUGUGAUUGCAAAAGGAUGUGAGCUCUGCCCAAAGAGUGAAGAUGCGUGGCUUGAGAACAUUCGACUUAACGAAGGUCACAAUGCCAAAGUCAUUGCUGCAAACGCAAUCAAAAACAAUGACCACUCCACUCGGCUUUGGAUCGAAGCUAUGCGAUUGGAAACAGAGCCACGUGCAAAAAAGAACGUGUUGAGACAAGCUAUUCUGCAUAUUCCGCAAUCCGUCACAAUCUGGAAGGAGGCGGUUAACCUGGAAGAGGACCCCGCAGACGCACGCCUUUUACUGGCUAAAGCAGUUGAACUGAUACCGCUCUCGGUUGAGUUAUGGCUGGCGCUCGCUCGUCUUGAGACACCUGAAAACGCCCAAAAAGUUUUGAACGCGGCGCGAAAGGCCGUGCCUACCAGCCAUGAGAUCUGGAUUGCUGCUUCUCGACUUCAGGAGCAAAUGGGAACCUUCAACAAAGUGAAUGUUAUGAAGCGAGCUGUUCAAUCGUUGGCGAGAGAAAAUGCUAUGCUUAAACGGGAGGAAUGGAUAGCGGAGGCAGAGAAGUGUGAGGAGGAAGGGGCUGUCCUCACUUGCGGUGCGAUCAUUCGGGAGACGCUCGGAUGGGGGCUGGAUGAAGAUGACGAUCGGAAAGACAUCUGGAUGGAUGACGCAAAGGCGAGUAUUUCCAGAGGGAAAUAUGAGACGGCAAGGGCUAUCUAUGCGUAUGCCUUGCGUGUCUUCGUCAAUCGCCGAUCCAUAUGGGUUGCAGCAGCGGACCUUGAACGCAACCACGGCACCAAGGAAGCGUUAUGGCAGGUACUUGAAAAAGCAGUUGAGGCUUGCCCUCAAAGCGAAGAGCUAUGGCUACAGCUUGCGAAGGAGAAGUGGCAGUCAGGAGAGAUUGACGAUGCCAGACGAGUGCUCGGACGUGCAUUUAACCAGAACCCUAAUAACGAGGAUAUCUGGCUUGCUGCUGUCAAGCUGGAGGCGGAUGCUCAGCAGACGGACCAAGCCCGAGAGCUUCUUGCAACAGCUCGACGCGAAGCAGGAACAGAUCGCGUAUGGAUAAAGAGCGUCGCCUUCGAGCGGCAACUGGGUAAUGUUGACGAUGCGCUCGACCUUGUCAAUCAAGGUCUUCAGUUGUAUCCCAAGGCCGAUAAACUCUGGAUGAUGAAGGGCCAGAUAUACGAGUCACAGAAUAAGCUCCCUCAGGCCCGCGAAGCAUAUGGCACUGGUACUCGAGCAUGUCCGAAAUCUGUCGCUCUAUGGCUAUUGGCGUCACGACUGGAAGAAAAGGCCGGGGCAGUGGUCAGAGCCCGAUCUGUUCUUGAUAGGGCUCGUCUAGCAGUACCAAACAGCCCCGAACUGUGGACAGAGAGUGUCCGAGUUGAACGGCGGGCAAAUAACAUCCCUCAGGCGAAGGUUCUGAUGGCCAGAGCAUUACAGGAGGUCCCAUCAUCCGGCCUUCUGUGGAGCGAAAGCAUUUGGCACCUCGAACCGCGCUCGCAGCGGAAGGCUCGCAGUCUGGAAGCUAUCAAGAAGGUUGACAAUGAUCCAAUCCUCUUCAUCACAGUAGCGCGAAUCUUCUGGGGCGAACGUCGACUUGAGAAGGCGAUGACAUGGUUUGAAAAGGCGAUCAUAUCAAACAGUGAUUUCGGCGACGCGUGGGCCUGGUACUACAAGUUCCUGCUGCAGCAUGGUACAGAUGAAAAACGAGCCGACGUCAUUUCGAAAUGUGUACUUUCUGAGCCUAAGCACGGUGAAGUCUGGCAGUCCAUAGCGAAAAAUCCCGCUAAUGCCUAUAAAUCAACCGAGGAUAUCCUAAAGUUAGUUGCGGACAGUCUUGUCCAAUAA